CCGCCGCCCGACUGUUUCUCGGAGUCUUGUUGAGAGCUCUCGCGAUAUCUGACAUCUUCUGCUCUGACGUUGGGGGAUAGCGACGCCUGAUGGAAUGACGGCAGGCCAUCAUCCAGCAUCUGCCUUCAUUGUCGUCUCCAUCCUCCCCUUCGUGUCUCUCGCCCUCGUAUUGCCGAAACUCCGGCCGAUGCCGACACGCCGAUAACAUGGCUCUUAAUCUGGAGAAACAGCUAGUAUUCUAUGGAUCAUACCACCAUGACCCGGUCAACAUUGGCAUACAUAUCACCUGUGUGCCCAUUUUACUGAUGACCGGGUUCAUGCUUGCAACGAACUCGCCGGCAAUUCCACUGCCACCAUGGAUGACCAUUCCUAAUCUGCCUGCCAACCUGGGCACAAUGGCCUGUGUAGUUUACUCGACCCUCUACGUGCUCAUGGAACCGGUAGCGGGCGGGAUGCUGGCUCCUUUGCUGUUGGCAGGGACGGCAUACGGCAAUCACUUGACGAGCGCCUACGGGAUGAAGGCGAACUACAUCGCAAUCGGCAUCCACAUCGCCUCCUGGAUUGCCCAAUUCAUCGGCCACGGCAUUUUCGAAGGGCGUGCUCCUGCACUCGUCGACAACUUGGUGCAGGCUAUCUUCCUCGCGCCAUUCUUCGUCUGGAUGGAGAUCCUCUUCGCUUUCGGGUACCGACCCGAGCUGAAGUCGCGGCUGGAUCAGAGCGUCGAGAAGGAAGUCACAAAGUUCAGGGGCGAGAAGGGAUCGAAGACGAACGGGACGGGUAAUGGACAUGCGAAAUGAUAUUGACGCAGCGAUCCUUUUUUCAUUACAUAGCGGUGUUUCGUCCGAGCGUAGGGUUUUCUAUGGGACGGCGUAACUGGUGUAGAAAGCCUGUAUAUGUCCAGUUUCUGCGCCUCCUACCUUGUGUUACUGACAUGGCAGGGUGAAGUUGGCGAGUGGAUGUCAAACACCUCUCUCACAUCGCCGUAUGGCUUGAGUCAGAUUUUACGAGUCCUGAUUGAAAUGCUAAUCGAAUGUCUGCU